AUGCGGCGGGUAAAUUCUAUGUCAUUGAAAGGACAUCAAGCCGGAGAAGAGAUCUUGCUAAUACUACGAGAUCCGGAAUUUAGUGGUGAGUUGAUCGGACAUUUCCUGAUGAUGGAAAAAGAAUUUACAACUCCACACUUAACAUCAGCUGGAUACGGGGAUUGCGUUUUAAAAUUACUUUGGUAUCUGGAAUUGCACAGCGGCAUUGCUGAUUACGAAACGUGGCCCACCCUGUAG